CUUACAGAUUCAAAGAGCCGCGGAUAAUCAAAUUACCUACUAUUCGAUCAAGAGUGUAAAGUAUGGUUAUGGCCUCGACUGAUAGUGAGGAGACUAUAAAUGUCCUAUUUUAUGGACUUGGAGCGUGAGUAUAUCUGGAAAUAAGUGGGAGUGGGAGUUGAGCUAACUCGAAAUGUUAGGAUUGGCUCGGUUUAUGCUUUUAUUCUUAGUCGAUGCCCAAAUGUACGAUUGACGACUGUAGCGAGAUCGAAUUAUGAUGCUGUGAGGGAAAAUGUAUGUUCAGUUGGAUUGAACCUGUUAAAGAGUCCAUGGUAUGAAAACUGACACAACUCAAGGGUCUGAAACUCAUCAGUGAGAAUCACGGGGAACAUACUUUCUACCCAGCAAAUGGUAUAGUUUCUAUAACCUUUAAUUAAGGAAUAUUCUAACAUCUACAGUUAUCAAAACACCCUCUGAAGCUCCCGGUCACUAUGACUACAUAGUCUGCUCCAACAAAGCCAUCGACCAAGAACUCGUAGCUAAAGCUCUCGCUCCAAUCAUCUCCACCUCAACAAGUAUAGUACUAAUCCAAAACGGCGUUGGAAACGAAGAAAUCUUUCAGAAACUCUAUCCUCAAAAUAGCAUUAUAUCCUGCGUAGCCUGGACAGGAGCCAUCCAAAAAACCCCCGGAAUAGUCCAUCAUACCAAGAACGAAAAUCUCCAACUAGGACUCUUUAGAAAUGAUAAUAUCCCAGAAUCCUCAUCAAGUCAACGAUUAAAAAUCUUUGACGAUCUAUUAACGACGGGGAAAACACCACAUGAGGUUUUCUCUCCCGAAAGAUUACAGAUCGCUCGUUGGGAAAAAGUUACGUGGAACUGUGCUUGGAAUUGUCUUACCACGUUAACACGAACACAUACACACGAAUGGUUGAAUUCCUCUCCGGAAGCUAUGAAAAUGACACGAACUCUCAUGCAGGAAGUUAUAACUGUAGGAAAGAAAAUGGGGGUAGGGAUUAAAGAUGAUUUGAUCGAGAGAUUGAUGGAGAGGAUUUUAAGAAUGCCCAGUAUUGGUACGAGUAUGUUGACUGAUGCGUUGUGUGGCAGGAGAUUGGAGUUGGAUGUUAUUUUGGGGUUUCCGGUUAAGAAGGGGAGGGAGUUGGGACUCGAUAUGAGGGUUUGUGAGACAGUUUAUACGUUGCUUCUUGGGGUUGAUGAGGGGUUGAGGGUGAGGGGUUUGGAGGGGUGAGGGUUGGGGAUUUUUUGGGGUUGUGGUUGUGUGUAAAUAGAGUAGAAUAGAGUAGUGAAAGUAGACUAGUGGUGGAAAGUAAGACUUAGAUUUACUAGAAGAUGUCUUCUUUCUAAAAUUUCCAGAUAUAUAUUAUGGAAACUAUCUACCUUUAGUAAUAAAUUCCAAUACUUUACCUCCCCCUACAA